AUGCCUCGCGUUUAUCGCAUCUCAGAACUCAUCGCAUGGUCCACAGGCAUGAAAGACUACAUUAUUAGCUUUGCGCAGGCAUUUCCUAAUUUCAGAGUAGCUGAGUUGGAGUCACUAGCCGAUCUAAAUGGCAUAAAUAUAGAUUUGAGUGGGCAUGAUGAAAAGAAACCGUUUAUGAAAGUUCAACUACAAGACGAUGAGCAGGCAAGACGACUCAUCAAGAGGUCAAUUCUUGCGAAAGGCAUAUACGAGCUUUGGGGCGAGGGGAAUGAUUUAGCAUCGCUCCACGAAAGUAUUAAAGCAAACGCUCUGGAAAAGUUCGAAACCUACAGGCAUAACACCUUCAGGUUUGAUUUCGUCAGUUUCAUGGGAGCCAAGACCACUGAGGAAAAGAUCGAGACCAUUGAUACUUUCAAGUACUUAGGAUUUCAGGGCAAAAUUCGCUUGAAGAAUCCCGAGGUCAUAUUCUCGGUUUUGGAAGAAUACUAUGUGUGUGGUCAAGAGAAGGCAGACAAACCUGAACACCUCUGGUUCGGUAGACAGGUCGAAAUAAGCGCAAGAUCCGAAGGGGUGGUAGAACAGUAUGAUUUGAAAAAGAGGAAAUAUAUCGGGACCACGUCGUUUGACGCCGAAUUGGCGCUUGUCACUUGCAAUAUUGCACAAGUAAAACCCGGAAAGGUCAUCUACGAUCCUUUCACUGGCACGGGGUCCUUUUUGGUUGCAGGAGCAUUCUUUGGCGGAUAUCCCUUGGGCACGGACAUAGACGCCCGGUCAGUGCGAGGCAAGGGACCCAACAACAAUCUCUAUUCGAAUUUCCGCCAAUACGGUACGGCUCUGCAGUUUCUUGACGUGUGGAUUAUGGACUUCACGAACAAUGCGCUUAGAAGGGAUUUUGUGAUAGACACAAUUGUGUGUGACCCUCCUUAUGGAGUGCGCGAGGGCCUUAAAGUAUGUGGAGCGAGGGAUCCGGCGAAGGCCGAAGGCAGAGAGCAUCAUAUUGUAGAGGGUGAACUCGGUUACAAGCGUCGGGACUUCCUUUUUCCAAAAAAACCUUACCACCUUGCCAAUCUUCUUGACGACUUGCUUGAAUUCGCGGCUGAGAGAAUGCCAGUGGGGGGUCGUUUGGCAUUUUGGAUGCCCACUGCCAACGACGAGUUUGUCGAGCACCACAUUCCACAGCAUGAGCGCUUGGAGCUCUUGUAUGUACUAGAGCAGGAGUUUAACAAGUGGUCUAGAAGACUUGUGGUGUUUGUCAAAAGAGACGAGAACUUCAAAGGCGAGACAAUUAAUCGCAUGCGCAGUGAGGGAGUCACGCAUUUUAGAGACCGCUACUUCAAAAGCUUUAAUGAAAAAAGCAAGCAGCCGUCAUUUCCAGUUCAGGGAGAGGUCUAG